UCUUCUUCCUAAAAGCUAAAUUAGAAACCUGAACCUCCCAUCUCUCUCUCGAUCGAGAAUAAAUUUUGAGAGUUUUGUUGUGGUGGUUCGUUGUAUGAUCUGAGCAGUAAGAGUCGAGUCAGGUCAUCAUCAUGUUCAUGGUUGAUUGGUUCUAUGGCGUACUCGCUUCGUUAGGGUUAUGGCAGAAAGAAGCUAAGAUCUUGUUUCUAGGACUCGAUAAUGCUGGUAAAACCACCUUGCUUCACAUGUUGAAAGACGAGAGAUUGGUACAGCAUCAGCCGACGCAGCAUCCAACCUCUGAAGAACUCAGCAUUGGAAAAAUCAAAUUCAAGGCUUUUGAUUUGGGUGGUCAUCAGAUUGCUCGCAGGGUUUGGAAAGAUUACUAUGCUAAGGUUGAUGCUGUGGUUUACUUAGUUGAUGCAUACGACAAAGAGAGAUUUGCAGAAUCUAAAAAGGAACUCGACGCCCUUCUCUCGGACGAAUCUCUAGCCAAUGUUCCGUUCCUUAUCCUAGGAAACAAAAUCGACAUACCGUAUGCUGCAUCAGAGGACGAGCUACGUUACCAUCUCGGCCUCUCCAACUUCACAACAGGAAAAGGUAAAGUGAAUCUAACGGAUUCUAAUGUAAGGCC